UUUUAUUACCACUCAAAAUGCAACCACCUGGUAUCGAUAGUGCACGAUUCUAAUGCCAGUCAGUUUUAUCUAUUGCCUUUCAACGAAAAGAGAGAAUGUUGAAAUAGACAAUGAACCAUCAUAAAUCAAACGCAUCUGCCCGGAGUGGUAGAAAACGGACGGAAAAGUUCAUCGGACAAGCGGACUCGAACGGCCCUGUCGGUUGGUUGCUGAGACUGUUCAAAUCAAUCAGCACGUUUGUGUUAAUCUUUCUCGAGCAAGGUGCAGUGCAUGGGUUGGCCUAUUUGGGUAAACCGUUGCUGCAUAUUCUGGAAAGACUCUUCUGGUUAGUGCUGAUUGUCGUGUCUAUUUAUUUCUCCGUCGUGCUGAGCUUCGUGUCCUGGGAGCGUUAUCAGAGCAAGAGUACGGUCGUUGCGAUCGAAAAGGAUCACUACUACUGGAACACUUCUAUGCCGAGUCUUACUAUUUGUCCGCUAAAACGUAUUUAUCGACCAUAUUUACUGAACUAUUGCAGCAAAAAUGGCAUCACUAAAGAGGAAGAUCAAGCCGAGCUGUUCGACUUUCUGGAAUCGUUGGCCAACUCGACCUUUAUCAACUUUCAGAACAUCAAGCACAGUGACAAUGUGGACAGCCUGCUGGACGUACUUCAGAUCCAGCCGGAAAACUACAUGAAGAUUAUAUACAAUCUUACCCGCGAUCUGACCCGCCUGGACGACACGGAGCUGCGCGUUCGGACGCAAAGCAACCUGGAGUUCUUACGCACCCAUCAAACACUCACCGAGUACGGUAUCUGCUACACCACCAACAGUUUUAUCUCGUCUAAUUUAACCGCAAGUUUGUUGCUGACCGGGAGGGAGCUACCGUUGGACGAUUUCUACUCGACGCGUACAGUGCACAAUGUCCGGUACGGGAACCUUUUCGACGGCGACAUCACGUACAGCUUUAUUGGCUUUGAGCCACCGAUUACGAUCUUUUAUCACAGCCCUUAUGAAACACUGAACAUCGCAAAGUAUCAGCCACUGACGAACGAGGCACAUGAGUAUGAAACGUUUUCUAUCGAAAUCGUCACCACGAAGGACUUUAAAGAGGAUACUACCAUCUCCCAGCGAGGCUGCCGGUUUCAUUACGAGUCCAACCUGACGCACUAUUCCAUCUACACUAAGGGCAUCUGUCUGCAAGAGUGUCGCAUUCAGCUGGCGUACAAACUGUGUGGAUGUAUUCCUCAUUUCUAUCCUAAUCCUGAAGGACCAAGAGCAAAGAAGGUGUGCCACUACAAGCAGCUGAUAAAGUGUUUUCCGCGCUACCAGAAGCUGUUCCUCGAGUUCAAGCAGGACAUUAACGACAAAAAGGGUAUACCGUGCUACUGCGAGCAGAACUGUGUCGACUCGAAGGUUAUCAUCGAGCACAGACAGGUUCUGAAGCAAACGCAAAAGCUUAUCGGCAGCAUCGGUGGGCUGAUUGUUGUGAAGCGCUACCCUUUGGUACGGUUCAGCCGGCAGCUACUGUUUACCUUCACUGAUUUGUUGGUAUCGAUUGGAGGUACGGCCGGAUUUUUCCUUGGUUUCAGUGUGCUCGGUAUGGUGGAAAUACUGUACUUUUUCACCCUCCGUUUGUUGUGGUAUAUUGUGGGACGACGUUAGCGGAUGGUCUGCCGUCAAUGAAUCGUCCAGUCAAGUAUUUAACGCUUACGAUAGACAACGUUUCGGCUAUUAUCAUUAUUCAUGCAUUUAAUGAUCACCAUUUUUGUGUAGUAAAUGUUAUUAAAAAGAAUACAUUAAUAUUCUGCAAUCAAUAUACGGCUUCAACAAGCACCCUCCCAUAAAAGGGCAAUAAACGACGUAAACGACAACUCUACUGUUGUUUACUAUUUUUCAUACCAUAAAUUUUAUUUUGAAUAAUAUAACCUUACCUAACGUUUGCACACACACACUACAAAAAUCUUUCGUCGUUUUUUUUUUCGCUUCCUCUAUCUCUCUUUCUUCCACUCACUGUCUCUCUCUCUCUGUCUACAUACUAACGUCGUUUACUAACGGCUCGCGAUACUGUUGCGUGUUUUGAUUUGUUGUAGCCCGUUAAUCGUCUGCCAGAG